UCCAACCUAAUAACAAAAUGAAAGCCGCUUUUUUGCUUCUUUUCGUUCUUCUACCGGCAGUUUUCUGCUACUACGCUCACCCAAAUAUCCACUAUUUCCCGGCUAGAAUUAAUUACAGAAAUGCUCCGGCUAAAUCCUGGGGUACUUUAUUCCAUCGCCUCCACCUCGCCAGUAAACGUUGCCCCAACACAUUUGAUGAAAGUUGUAUCAACGAUAUCAUAAAUGGAGCUGGAUCAGAUGAAACGUAUUUGAACGGUGGUGAUAACCCCGGAAAACGAUGUGUGAACACAUUUGAUGAAAGUUGCUCCAAUGGUGACAUCAACGGUGCUGGAUCUGAUGAUGAUUGGUUGCACGGAGAUGAUAAUCCUGGUCGUCGCUGAAAAUUUCGUGUAGAAUAAAUUUCAUAUCAGAAUAAAUUUUAUUGUGAACAUUA